AUGUGCAAGUCUGAAAAAUACAUCCUUGAUUCAAGCUUUGAUCCUGACAAGUUCUUGGCAGACAUCACAGCAGCGAAGGCUGCUGUGGGCGAGGCCACAGAGGAGGAUGCCACGCACAUGCAGCGCAUUGUCUUCAUUUCUCAAGUUCUGCUUUACGGAGGUCAUGCGCUCCUGCUAGUGAGUGCAGCCAUGUCCUGGGGUGCUCUGACCGUGGCCACCUGCUUUGUAGGAGCGUGCAUGAUCAGCUUUGCGCGAUGCAUGAAGUGGGCAAUCAUUGGACACCACGUAUGCCAUGGAGGCUUUGACAAGCUCCAAAAAAGCCAUCCGAAUGUCCUGCCAUCGCACUACAAGCGAGGAGUUUUUGCGAUCGGCGCGCGGCGCUUCUUUGAUUGGCUGGACUGGAUGCUACCACAAGCCUGGGACGUGGAACACAACAAGGCUCAUCACUACUACCUUUCUGAAGAGAAGGACCCGGACCUGGUCGAGAGCAACUUUGAAAGUGUUCGAGUUGCUGCCUUGCCAAAAGCCCUGAAGUACAUGAAUAUGAUUGUGUGGCUCUUUAUUUGGAAGCUGGCGUAUUACUCUCCGAAUACCUUCAAGGAGUUGGUCCUAUCCAAGAAGGAGGGCUGGAUGGCACGCAACUGGCCCAAGGGAUGCAAGCCAACGGACCCUGUCAUCGUGUUGCACGCUCUGCGCAUGCCGGUCGAGGCACUGCUGACGGGCAGGGUGCAGGACUCUAUUUUUUGGCUGGUUUUCUUCGCACAGUGGUUUGGUGUGAUUCUGCCCAUGAUGGCUUCUGUGGCUCUUCCUGCAGCGUGGCCGCUCGUUCUGGCCUACGUUGGCCAUUGGCCCGGUGCAACUUCCCCCAGGGAGGCAGCAGUUCGACUGCUGGCGGCAUCAGUGGUUGCGGACAUGCUGUCCAAUGCGCAUUCUUUUAUCAUCAUCACCUGCAACCACUCUGGUGGAGAUCUUUACAGAUACUCAACGUCUUGCAAGGCCUUCUCUGCGGAAUUCUUCUUGCGCUGUGCAUAUUCUUCGGCCAACUUUGAAUGUGGCAAUGAUUUGGUUGACAUCACCUAUGGUUGGCUGAAUUACCAGGUAGAACAUCACAUGUACCCUGACUUGACACCGCUGCAGUACCGCAAGCUGCAGCCGCUUGUGAAGAGUAUUUGCGAGAAGCACGGCGUGCUGUAUGUGCAGCAAAAUGCCUUGAUCCGCACAUGGAGGAUGUUCGAAGUGGCGGUUGGAGAUGCGUCGAUGAAGCGCUGCACAGAGCACUGGUGCCGCCACAGGCAUACAACAAGAAGGAGGAAUGAGACGUUCCAGCAGUGGUGCAUGAGCGCCUACCAGUCUGAUUUGGCUAGGAGUCGGAUAUGGAACGACUAG